GAAGACAAAGUGGAACAACACUGUGAUCAUCCUACUAAGUACAAAUAAAAGAAAAGGAACUUCAGUGAUUAAGUUAUUUAAGUUGUUCAUUUGACUUCAGUCAGUAAACCAGGUCAUAAUUCAGGAAAGGACAAUAGAAUCAGCACACUGAUGGAGACUCAAGAUUUAGAAUUUGAGAAUUUUGACUACAAUGUCUAUGAAAAUAUUAAAUCAUUUUAUGAUUAUGAACUGCACACCAGUGGUUUCAACGCUGUACACAGACACUUUGAAUUGUUCAUAAUUCUUAGCAUUGUGAUCAUCCUCAGUGUCAUUGGUAACAUCCUGGUUGUUGUGAUCAGUGUAUUCUAUAUGAGACUUCGAUCACUGACCAUCAUCUUCAUACUCAACUUGGCUCUGUCAGACCUACUGUUCACUGUCGGACUGGUAUUCAAGGUCUAUGACCAUGUCUGGGGUUUGCCUCCUGAAUUUGCAGUGUGUAUGGCGUUUUAUGUUGUUUCCUCAGCUGGAUUUUACAGCAGCAUCGUGUUCCUGGUGUUGAUGAGUAUUCAGCGAUACACGGUCGUGGUGCACCCUCCCUCAGGCUGGAAGAAAGGACCUUGCGUCAUAUGUGUCCUUAUCUGUGCAUGGGUGGUGAGCAUCUUGGCAGCAUUUCCAGUCAUGGCGCGGACUGUAGCACUUCCUUACUCAGGACAUUGUACAUACCGCAUCUAUACUGCAUUUAUUGAUAUUACUUAUAAAGAGAACAUUGUUUUUGUGUGUGCUUUUUUGUUCAUGGGUUUUUGCUACAUCAGGAUUCUGCAAACCAUCUUCAAAUCACCAACAAACCACAAACACAGAACUACUGGACUUGUCUUCCUUCUGGUAGCUAUGUUCUUUAUUUGUUGGGCUCCUUAUAACAUAGUGAAUUUUCUGGUGGUCUUAGAUGAUCAGAUUGGGUUUUUUAAUAAUCAAGUCUUAAAACAUCUUAAUUACACCAGGUACAUCUGCCAUCUUCUGGCUUUCACCCGAUGCUGCCUCAAUCCAGUGAUCUAUGGUUUAUUUGGUGUAAUAUUUCGUAAGGCAGUGAGAGAGUUUUUGCAAAAGCGAGUUCCUUCAAACUCUGCACAAAUCAGAAUGGUAGACCUUAAUCCUGAGACUAUUGUCAAUUCAAAUAAUCAAGUCCCAGAGCUGGACAUAGAUUACGAUUUUUUUUGAGCUGUAAUUUCUCGCUCUGGAGAUUUGACUUCAGAGAUACCAACAUUUCUAACAAGAAAAUCCUAACAAAAUUCUCACGUGUGCACAAAGCAACAAUAAGAAAACAUCAAAGCAAAUAUUGUGCUCUGACUAUUAUGAAUAAUAAGCAGCUCAGUGAAUUGCUUAAUUUUUUUAAGACCUCAGAGACCACAGUCCUGGCUUCUUGGUUCCUACUGACCGACAACUGUAAAUCGGGGGUUUGUACCACUUGAUUUAGACAACAUUUAUGUGAAAACAAUCAUUACUCUUAAACUUUUACUCUUAACUGGACAGUUAGAAGCUGCAUUUAGCUUUGUGAUUCUUUGUGACUACGACCCCAGCUUGGACAAUGUUUGCCUCUAAAGAGGGGAUUUUUCUUUAAAAGGUGUUAGAGGAGUUAUUGAAAACACACAAAUAACACACAUGCUGUUAUUGAUAGGUUCCUAAAAGUUACAUUUCUCUCUCUCUCUCUCUCUCUCUCUCUCUCUCUCUCACACACACACACACAACAUUAUUGUGUAAUACAUGUAAGGGUUUAACGACUGGGCGUUAAUAAAUAGGUGUUUUCUUGAAAAAGAAUUUUCUUUUCUUUCUUUUUCUUCUUUGGUAAAGUAUGAUUUAUCUCAUGAUAUAUUUAUACCUUUUUUAAAUAUACAAAGUGUAUUUUUUUUAUAAAGGUGACAUUAGCUUAAAGUCUGGGACAUAAAAGAAGAAAUAUAUACGAUAUGUAACACUGUAGUAUAUGUGGAGGCAAAUUUAUAUAAUGUUUCUUAUUAUAAAAUUAUAUUAAAUCA